GUGCACAAAAGUGAAAGUGAAAUCAGGAGUCGUCAGGCAAGUUGAACAAAAGUUAUACGUUCCCACGCUUUGUGCGUGAGAAAGUCUCUUUCUUUAUUUGUCUGAAAUGCAAUCCCCCUCCUAAAUCCUAACCUGAGAGCCAGCUAAGAUCUCCAGUCAAGUGAUGACCCCCUCCCCAUCUGGUCUGUGACACAAAAGAUUACGCCACAGGAUCCAAAAUCGUUUGAGGAUGUCAGAUGAGCACACAACUGGAGACAGAGAUGCAGCUGAUGGGAGCCAAGCUCCAUGUAAAACUGGGGAUACUCAAACUGGCUUAACUAAAAGGAAACACAGUUUCUUAAAGAAAAAUAACCAAUCACCCCAAGAAACCAGUGGUGCAGUACUCAAGCCAUGCAAUGAAAAUCCAAAAGUAGAAACAUCAAUGAUUAGAAAUUUUGGCAGCAGAUUAAGUAAACGAUUUAGCUUCAAAGAAAAAAUACCCAUUAAAAGUCCAACAAACAAGCAAAAUGUGAACGAGUUCAAAGCUUUGGAAGAAGACCAAUGUGACACAAAUGACCCGCAAGUGACUGAUAGCACAACUGAGAAGUCACCGCUGUCUGUGAUGGAAAUAAAUGAGCUCAUCACAAGCAAGAAGUUACUGGAGGCGCAGGAGAAUAUAAAUAAAUUGGAGGAAGAAUUGCUGAACGAGACACCGCCUGAAUAUCAUGAAACUCAUUGCCAUGAAUUCACAAAGCGAGUCCGAGAUCUGGGCCACCUCUGCGAUGCUCUUGCUAAACAAAUGAAGUCCAUAGUGUUCGAUUCACUCACAGCAACUGAGGAAAAUGGUCACUGUUUGAGCUCGGCCCUGAAGGUUAUAGAAUUGGAAGAAAUCGCAGAUAGAAAGUGGCUGGAAAGGACAAAUCAAGCUGAAGACCAGAGUUUCAGAAGACCCAGGAAGUUGCGUGAUAUGUGGCAAAACACCAUAAUGGAAAGUGUAAGGAAAACAAUAAAUGAUGUGCCUUUAGCUAAGAAGGAGGAAAACAAAUCCUGGAUUGCUCUACACCUCGCUCAUCUUCAAAUGACCCUUUUGAAAGACUUGAAAAUAAUUAAGAAUUUUGUGCAGAAAUCUUACUCGGAAGAGGACAAGAUUUGUAACCGUUACGUAAAAUGUUACCAUGAAAAAAUAUCCUCACACCUGCAAGAGCUGGCACAGGGAGACCUCGAGUUAAAUGAUCUCAAUUCGUUUCUUAAGUGGGUCAUUCACACUUACCAAAGUGAAGAUGUUAUGGGUCAUCCCGAUCUUUCACCAGAGGUGAACGUGCAAGAGCUCAGUCCUUUGGUAGAUGAAGAGACGGUUAAAGACGUGAAGGACAGAUAUCUUAAAGCGCUACAGUUGACGGUUAAGGAAUUAUUGAUCAGAACUUUGGAGGGAGAGGAGAAAGCGUGGUCAGAAGAUGAAGAGGCAGAAGAACUAAUGGGUUAUUACCAUUCUGAUAUAACCCAUCAUAUAAGCAAGAUGAUUCAUGAAUAUGUAAAAGAGUCAGGCAACAUCAGCAAGGAGUUGGAAAAUAACACUUUACUUAUCUGCUUGGAUGAAUUAAUAAAUUUAGUGCAAAGUUACCAGCAGAAACUACAAGCUUUUACAAAAGAGGUCCGUGCAAACACCCUAUCUGUUGUGAUCUCAAGCAUCAACAGCUGCAUGGAGUUAAGGGAACAUGUGGAGAAUCUAAGACAAGGCCAUACUGUACAAGACGACAAAACGGAAAAGGCAUUGGAUAAUGCUGUACAAGAUUUUAAUACAUUUCUUUUAAAACAAGUUCUGAUCCAGGUGAAGCCUUAUUUCAAGAAACUUAUGACAAAGAGGUGGCUGUCCAAUGGCGAGGAUUUUGAAAGUAUCAUAAGGAUAACUGAAGAUUAUUGUCAAAAGUUCAAGAAGAUAAAACCAACCAAUUGCCAGGUUCUGGCAGACGAUAUCCACUAUCAGUUUGUUAAACUAUACAUUACACAAAUCAUGAAACAAUGCAUUCGCUGUAAGCAAUCCAGCAAGAGAGAGGCAGCAGCAACUAAGAUCAAAGAUGAACUGGGAACAAUCAAUACAAUAUUUGAAGAACUUGGAAGUACUGCAAGUUGGCUACUUACAGCAACUAAACAUUUGGCUGGUUUUAUUGGCGACAGCAAAAGUGAACUCGAAGGGCAUCUGAAUAAACUAUAUGAAGAGUAUCGAGAUAUUAGUGAAGAGCAUGUUUCAGCCCUGCUUUAUUUCCGUGGCAUCUCAAGAGGAAGAAGGAAAAAUAGACUCAUCAAUCAACUGAAAAACAACAAAUCGGAUGAACCAGCCACCAAACCUCUGUUUAGGGAUAUCAGUGUUCCAGUUACAGUGAGUUGUAUGCCUUGAGAAUGAAAACAUGUUGUUUAUAUAUUCAAAUUUUCAUGAAUUUUGUGUUGUGACAUUCUUGGCCAAUGCCUGUAGGACGUGUUUGCAAGAUUGCAAAUGUUAUGAAAGUUAUUUGCACCAAAAUAAAUCGGGGCUUAUUUGUUUUUUAAAACUUUGAAAAUCAACACAGAAUGUCAUGGGUUAAUUUUUUC